UUAUUUCAAAGUUGAGCUUUUAAAAGUACACACACCACAUUCUAAGCCCGAAGUUUGAGUUACUUAGCAAAAACCCUAAACCCUCUCUUCUCUCUCGACCACUCUUCCGCUCAUCAAUGGCAACGCAAUCGUUAGACGAAGAAACAACCAAGAAAGUUAUACGACAAGUGGAAUUUUAUUUCAGCGACAGCAACCUUCUCACCGAUGGUUUUAUGAGGAAGAAUAUCACCGAAAGCGAAGAUGGCAUGAUUAGUUUGGCUCUGAUUUGCUCUUUUAAUCGAAUGCGAAUGCACCUUAAGUUGGGUGAUGUAAAGCCUGAUGAUGUGUCUGAAGAUACCGUCAAUGCUGUUGCUCAGACUUUGAGAAAUGCGGCUUCACUCAAGGUCUCUGAAGAUGGAAAAAAAGUUGGCAGGAUAACUGAACUUCCGAAGCUAGAAGAGGUUGAGCAGGUGGAGAUAAGAACACUUGCUGCAUCACCAUUUGAAUAUGACCUGAAGCUUGAAGACGUGGAGAAGUUUUUUGGGCAAUAUGCCAAGGUUAAUAGUGUCCGGAUUCCCCAUCAUGUUGGAGACAAAAAGUCCUUCUGUGGCACUGCCCUUGUUGAGUUCUCUUCAGAGGAGGAAGUAGAAAAACUUAUGAAGGAAAAAUUGGUGUAUGCCGGGGCUGAGUUAGAAUUAAAACCAAAGAAGGACUUUGAUGCUGAGAGAGAAAAAGAAUUAGAAGAUUAUAAAAAAUCUCGUCCACCUGUGGGUUCAAAUGACCAAAAUAACUCACAUGUAGAAGAAAACUACCCUAAAGGCUUAAUUAUUGCCUUCAAACUAAAGAGCAUUUCAGAUGAAAUUCCUUCAGAACAGAAUGGUGUUGAUCAAGAAGCCAAUAACAAUAGUGUUGUCUCAAAAGCGGAUGAAAAGCCCCCCUCUGAAAUUACUUCUUGGGAAGAUGACCAAAAGGUAACAGAAAAUGUUGACAAUGGUGAAGAAAAGAAUGGGAUGGAAGAAGCAAAGGAAACUGAAAAUGAAGAAAACAAUGAGAUGAAGGAAGCAAAGGAAACUGAGAGUGAAGAAAACAAUGAAAAUAAGGAAGGAAAGGAAACCAGAAAUGAAGAAAACAAUGAGAUGAAAGGAGGAAAGAUAACUGAAGGUGAAGAAAAGAAUCGACAAGCUGGUGAAAAAUUUUCUGCUGCUGCUUACAAGGACAAUAUGGAUGUUGUCUCGCGUGAGGAUUUGAAGGCUGUUUUUGUGGAGUUUGGUACAGUGAAGUACAUUGAUUUUAGGAUUGGAGAAGAGUCAGGAUACAUCCGAUUUGAAGAAACUGAAGCUGCUCAGAAAGCUCGUGCUGCUGCAGUUAUUUCAGAAAAGGGCGGCUUGGUUGUAAAGAAUUACAUUGCUACUCUAGAGCCAGUGACUGGGGAGGCCGAAAAAGAAUACUGGGGUCUGCUUCGCGGUAAUCAAGGCAAGCACCGAGAUUUUAAGAGUAAGCAUGGGAGGGGAGGAAGGCAUGGUAGAGGGGGCAAACAUGGUCGCUCUAGGGAGAAUGAAUCUAGAGGUGAUCGCCCAUAUAAAGCUCAGAAAGUUGGUGCUGCAUAAUGGGUUAUACACACCAGUUUCGAGAUCAAGAUGCAAGGUUUCCAACCAGCUUACUUGCUUUCCUCAUGUAUUCUCUGCUAAUAUACUCCAGCUUCUGAUUUUACUGUUCGUAGUAAUGUUUUUUUAUUUAUAAUAUAUAUAAUUUAUAACAUGUUAUUUAUUUCA